GCUGCCCGUCCCAAAUUCUAACCUGUCCGCCCACCAUGCACAAAUUUAUUUUCAAUUUCACCAAAUUUGCAUACAUGACGUUUUUCUGCGUAAAGCGCUUCGAGGGCUGGUCAACAUUGAAAUCAAAAUGGCGGACGAAGAAAAAGUUGAAAGCGGCGGAGAAAGUUCAGAAAAAGAAGAUACUCCCGUCACAAAUGGAUUUCUCGAGUCUGCUGAAGCUAAGCCUGACACAACUGCGGGCAGCAAAAAGAAGAAGAAAAAGAAAAAGGGCAAGAAGAAAGACGAAGGAACGACACUUGUACCAAGCCCACAGGCAUUAGCACAACUACAAAAGGCAAUGGGAAAGAUACGAUUUAACGACGCAAUGGGAAAAGGGAAGACAAAAGGAAAUGUAUUUGAGAAGAAAUACGAAUUUUGGGAUACCCAGCCUGUACCAAAAUUAACUGAUGUUUGUUUGGCAAAUGAACCUGUGGAACCUGACAAGGCUAUUGAAGAGAUCAGGCAGGAAGAAUACUCACUACCAAGUGGAUUUGAAUGGGACACUCUAAAUAUUGAACAACCAGUCCAGCUAAGAGAGUUGUACGUGCUAUUGAAUGAAAACUAUGUGGAAGAUGAUGAUAACAUGUUUAGGUUUGAUUAUUCACCUGAAUUCCUAAAAUGGGCUUUAAAACCUCCUGAAUGGAAAAAGCAAUGGCAUUGUGGCGUUAGAGUAUCAAGCAACAAGAAAUUAGUGGGAUUUAUCAGCGCCGUGCCUGCAACGAUUAAAAUUUAUGACACAGUAAAGAGGGUAGUCGAGAUCAAUUUCCUCUGUGUUCACAAGAAACUGCGCGAGAAACGUGUCGCCCCAGUGCUCAUCCGUGAAAUCACGAGAAGAGUCAACUUGGAAGGAAUCUUUCAAGCUGUUUAUACUGCUGGUGUUGUUCUACCAAAACCAGUCGCUACUUGCAGGUAUUGGCACAGAUCUCUAAACCCAAAGAAGCUCGUCGAGUGCAAAUUUUCCAACCUCAGUAGAAAUAUGACCAUGUCAAGAUCGAUAAAGCUGUACAAGUUACCAGACGAGAUCACUAUAGAAAAUCUUCGUCCUCUUGAACCAACGGAUAUAGAUGAUGCAUAUACAAUAGUGAAGGAGUAUCUUUCGAAAUUUUCUUUGGCGCCAGUUUUAACAAAGGACGAAUUUGCGCACUGGUUUACGCCGAUCGAAGGUGUGAUGGACUGUUACGUGGUUACGGACAAAGAUGGAAAGAUCACGGAUCUAAUCAGCUACUACACUCUUCCGUCAACGAUAAUGAACCAUCCUCUCCACAAGGAGCUGAAGGCAGCUUACUCCUUUUAUAAUGUUAGUACCGCGACUCCGUUGUUUGAUUUAAUGCAACAUGCGUUGAUUUUAGCUAAAAAGUCCGGAUUCGACGUCUUCAAUGCACUAGAUCUCAUGGACAAUAAAGAAAUCCUCGAAAAACUAAAGUUUGGAAUUGGAGAUGGGAAUUUGCAGUAUUAUCUCUAUAACUGGAAAUGCCCUUACAUGGAAUGCGAAAAGGUCGGUUUGGUACUGCAGUAAUCAUUUCCAUUUUUUGCUCAAAUUACUCUCUGGGAUGGUGACGCCAUCACGAAUUCCGAAUUGAUAUUGAUAUUGAAAAUGACAAGGGAAAUAAAGGAAAUAACAGUAUACGACUAUGAACUUCUCGGAAGAUGCGCCAGCGACGUUACUUGACCACAAAAAGGGGUUGCCACACUGAAGACGACACAUAAUUUAUCACGUUUGGUAAUUUGUGUUAUGUUCGGUAAACUUUAGUUCACAUUAAGCAUUGGACUUUUUGGCCUAGAAACAUCGACUUUAAUAGCUACACCGGCUUACAUUGUCAAAGUUAUGGUGAUUACUGCUGUAUUUUUCUAACUUGUAGUAAUUCCUAUGCUUUUGAAUAAUUUGCUGAAAAUAUAUAUAAGGGAACUAAAAGAGUGGAAACACUGACCCUCUAAUAGUGGUUACAAAUACCCCAAAACUUUAGGUUAACCAAUGGAAAAUUUCAACUUUGAUCGCGGAAACUUUGACCAUGUAGACCACGUGCUUAUAAAAGAUGCGAGGGGAUUAGCUAAUGAUUCGCAUGGAAACGAGAUUUUUUUUCAAACCGAAAAACGCAAUUAUUGCAAAGGUGCAAGCGGUUAUAGUUAACAUAGGCUACUACCUAGUGUAGGAUUGUCAUAUCGGUUGGUUCACUUCUCUUCUUCCAGGGCAACACCUUUAGAGUACAAAUAUGGUAUCCUUUAUCCCCUGGGUCUGGUCGUAUGAGGUUGCCACUCUAAUUAGUUGUGUUUUGUGAUUGACUUUCAAAUACGCGAUGUCCAUCGGCCAACUGCAUUAACUGUAGUUAGUCUUUUGCGUUGUAUUCUUGCUAAAUGAAAGGUAUAAAAAUGGAAAGAUCAUGAACGUUAUGCUGAGGUGCUGUAUUGUAAUGUAAAUACUGCAAAGAAGUUGUUCUUCGUCAUAAAGUACAGAAACAUUUUCACCAACAAUUACAGUAACUAUAUAGUGUGUCGUGGUCGCGGUUUUUCGUUGAUUCGAAACUCACAAGUAAAUUUAGUCAUCAGUAUCGAAGUACAUCACAGAGAAAAAAAUAUCAAGUACAGUGUAUAUUAAUUAAGCAAAUGGUUCUUUCAAAGUUUUC